AUGAGCCAAUCUAUGAUAGUAGCAUUAUCUUUUAUCCGUCAUAUUGUUCGCUGGGUUCAGAUCGUUGUGUACAAGUUCCGAGUCAUGCAUAUGACGAACACAUGCUUCUAUUUCACACAGAAGCCGGUGCACUUGGGCUUGUUCGCAAAGUUCCACAGCAACCUGCGCAGCGGAUACUGA